AUGGAUUACCAGAAUCGCGCUGGUUCAAAGUUCGGCGGUGGCGGCGUGGCAUCCCACUCUGCCACCAACGCCGACCGGCGCGAACGACUGCGCAAACUCGCCCUCGAGACCAUCGACCUGGACAAGGACCCCUACUUCUUCAAGAAUCACGUCGGUUCCUUCGAGUGCCGGCUCUGUCUCACGGUGCAUCAGAAUGACGGCUCCUACCUCGCCCACACUCAAGGUCGCAAGCAUCAGACGAACCUGGCCCGCCGGGCGGCCCGAGAACAGAAAGAGGCACAGAAGGAUGGCAAUCUCAUGGGUGCGGGCAUGAUGGGCGUGCAGGUGCGCAAGAACAUGGUCAAGAUCGGCCGGCCGGGGUAUAAGAUCACCAAGAUCCGCGAUCCGCUGACUCGCCAGGUCGGCCUGCUGUUCCAACUGCUGUACCCGGAGAUCACUCCCAACGUCGAACCGAAGGUCAGGUUCAUGAGCGCGUUUGAGCAAAAAGUCGAGGAGCCCCCGGAUCGGGAUUACCAGUAUUUGCUCGUGGCCGCGGAGCCGUACGAGACGUGUGGGUUCAAGUUGCAGAGUCGCGAGGUUGAUCGGCGCGAGGGGAGAUAUUGGACUUGGUGGGACGCGGACGCGAAGGAGUUCUGGUGCCAGGUGCUGUUCAAGACGGAGCGGGAUGAGCGGUAUUCCAAUGUGCCGGGCCUGGCGCCUGCCGGGGUGAGGAGAUGA